AUGGUUAAAAUCGUAUCUUUUAUUCUUGUCUUAUAUUCUUUGAAUUCAGUGUCAUUAGCAGAUGUCAACGACAGACAAUUGAAAGUAUACGAAGCGAAAUUGGCAAAGGAGAUAAACAGAUACGAUGACAGUGUGAGUGCUAUUGUAUCCGUGUCAAAAAAGAAUGUGUUGUCGAUUGAGGAAAUAACUGUUUUAAAAAGUAGUUACACAAUGGCAGUUGAAGGCGAAAUCACCAAUGUUGAACGUGAAGUUCAGAUUGCUAUAAAAGAGUAUUUGAGGAAACCGGCUGAUUAUGAAGGGAAGGUCAAAAUAUUUACUUUGAAGGGAGAAUCUUAUCAGUAUAUGUCUGAAGUAAAUGCUAAGGCAGAGAAAGAAUAUAAAGCCUAUGCUGAAGCAGCUUUCACUGAGGCAUAUAACAUUGCUAAAGAGAAACUAUCCCCUGCAAACACAGCACGAUUAGAGUUAGUUGUGAGCUACACUUCGUUUGAAUACAAUACCAUGAAGAACAUCGAUGGUGCAACUAAAAUGGCUUAUGACGAAUAUCGUGCGGCAAUCACGGAAAUUGAUAGCUCAUCCGAUAAUGAGGAAAGUGCCCGACUUAUUGCGAUUCUCAAAAAGAAUUUGGAUCUUUGGACACAAGGCGAAUAA